AUGGGCCAGGCGUUUGGUUGUAUUCAAGUGGAUCAGUCUACAGUUGCUGUGAAGGAACAUUUUGGGAAAUUCGAUGAUGUGCUUCAGCCCGGCUGCCAUUGCUUGCCAUGGUGUGUGGGAUAUCAGUUAGCCGGCUCUCUAACACUGCGCGUGCAGCAGCUUGAUGUUCGUUGUGAAACAAAGACUAAGGACAAUGUGUUUGUGACUGUGGUUGCUUCAAUCCAAUACCGAGCUUUGGCGGAAAAAGCAUCCGAUGCAUUUUACAAGCUUUCCAACACGAAAGAGCAGAUUCAGUCAUAUGUUUUCGAUGUUAUAAGGGCAAGCGUACCAAGACUGGACCUGGAUUCUACUUUCGAGCAGAAGAAUGACAUAGCCAAAGCUGUGGAGGAUGAACUUGAAAAGGCUAUGUCUGCAUAUGGAUAUGAGAUCGUGCAAACUUUGAUUGUCGAUAUCGAACCGGAUGGCCAAGUCAAGAGAGCCAUGAAUGAGAUAAAUGCUGCUGCCAGACUCAGAGUUGCCGCUAACGAAAAAGCAGAGGCUGAGAAAAUUCUCCAGAUCAAGCGGGCUGAGGGGGAGGCCGAGUCCAAGUACCUAUCGGGCCUCGGCAUAGCCCGCCAGCGCCAGGCCAUUGUUGAUGGGCUGAGAGACAGUGUUCUCGCCUUCUCAGAAAAUGUGCCCGGUACCUCGGCUAAAGAUGUCAUGGAUAUGGUCCUUGUGACCCAAUACUUUGACACUAUGAAGGAAAUUGGGGCUUCGUCAAAAUCAUCGGCUGUUUUCAUCCCUCAUGGGCCUGGGGCCGUUAAGGACAUUGCCUCUCAAAUUCGGGAGGGACUUCUUCAAGCUGAAAGCACCGCCAACAAAAAUCCUGCCACUCCAGCGGCCGCCAAACCGUCUCCUCCACGACCUAUUGUUGCCGCAGUUGCCACCACACCUUGUCAUCAUGGGUCGUCGUUGACCACCGCUGAGCUGGCAUACAUGCCGCCGUCCUUAGAGCUUCCGACUUUCAUUUUCUCCACUUUGCCGCGUGGUGGUCGUCGCCGCCAUUCCCGCCACCAAAAUUUUUUUUGGUUGUCGCCACCCGCCAUUCUCAUCCACCUUGAACUGCGAACAGAGUCAUCGACAUUUGUUCAGUCGCACCUCAGUCGAUCUGGGCGAGCUCCAGCGUUUAUGAUGACAACGUCUGCGACGCCGUUGUCGAGGGUUCCCCGAGCUACGUGGGAGCUUCUGUGGAACCCCACCACCGGAGAAACUCUGCCAAUUCCUCCUUCGCCCAUCCAGAUCCCCGAUCCCGAUGAGGUUAUCGACGAGGUUAACGGUCCCGAUGAGGUUGACACUCAUCAACUAGUUUACGGCCUCGGGUUUGAUCCCAAAGUUGUCCGCUCCCACAUCGUUGAUUACUAUUUUUAUAGUCGAGUCCAUGCAGAGGUUUACACGGUCCAAACCGGGUCUUGGAAGAAAAUUCCACAGCCGUAUGACCCCGACUUGGGAUACCUUAGCGGCACUUCCAUUCAUAUUAAUGGAACACAUUACUUCCUUGCCGAGGCCCGGAUGCCAUUGCUUGCCAUGGUGUGUGGGAUACUAGUUAUAGCUGGUUCUCUAACGUUGUGCGUGCAGCAGCUUGAUGUUCAUUGA